AUGUAUAGAUACUACGCCCAACGUCACUUUUCACCCCCGGGGCGUAGCGAAGCUCCACAACCCGUUGAUUCGCCAUCAUUUUCGACCGCAAGUCACACAUGCGAGCAUUGUUCUACCGCUGUUAUAUCAACAUCGAGCGUGGACCCCGAGAGAAUCAGCAGAUGGGUGUCGCUUCACAGCGACCCCUUGAAAACGCGUCAAAGGGGUAGCCUCAAAUGGCGGAACAUCUUGUCUCAUUCCAUGAGCCAGGUUGCCGCUGCCGAUGCUGCAGGAUGUCCGUUCUUUGUAUGGAUAUGGCGUCAGGUUCAAGGGUCAGGGACGCCACUAGAACAGCUUUUGCGGACGAGAGUCUGCUUGGUUAUCGAAUCAGUCAAUGGCUUGGUUGCUGAUGCCAUCAAAUGCUCGAUUCUCUUGUCGACGGGUGACUACUCUUGGAACCCAUCGGGUGGGCUUUUCGACAUUGAGUCUGACGCAUAUGACCCCAGCGCAAAUGAUGCCGUCGGGCGAACAAUAGACGGCGGCACCUUUUCAGAAACCGGCAUCUCGCAAAUUCGUCGUCGGCUCCAGGUGUGCCUGGAAACACACCAGUCCUGCCGACAAGGGACGGAUGUUCGGCCUCUGCGGUUCAUUGUCGUGUCUCCUGAAGACAAGGAGAUUGUUCGCAUCACACAAAUCAACCGCACAAGAACCGAUCCUUACGUCGCCCUCUCCUACUGCUGGGGUCUAGAUCAGACCACCAAGACCACCACAUUCAACUUGUCUCGACAUGAGAGAGGCAUUAGAGUGAAGAACUUGCCCAAAACCAUCCAGGACGCGAUCCAUGUCACUCGAAAACUGGGUAUCAGGCUUCUCUGGGUUGACAGCCUCUGCAUUGUGCAAAAUGAUCCCGCACUUUUAGCCAAAGAGGUCGGUGACAUGGCGCAUUACUACGCCAACUCUAUAGUCACAAUCUCCGCAGCAGUAGCAAAAAGCUGUGCUGAUGGUUUCUUGAACACCUGUGACUCAGCUGGGUCGGGUGGCUAUGUAGGAUUCUAUUUCCCUUUUGACGACACAUCUGGCCUUGAUAAUUCGUCGAAAGGCCGCCGCUUGAAGCUCUUCCGUGACGAUUCUCAAGACCAAGUUGACCAUAUAGACACCCGGGCAUGGACAUUGCAAGAGUCUUUGCUGGCCACUCGGUUGGUUUCGUUUGGUACUCGCCGAAUCUCCUGGGCUUGCAUGACCACCAGGUUCGGUCCCAGCUCAGGUGCUGCAUCACUUCGAGACAACAUGUUCAAGACUCGACACUGGGUGGGAUACGGAGAAAGGAUCACUCGCAAAACUAGCUAUGGCUACUCAAGCGAAUCCCAAGAUCCCAUCUCAGAUCUUCAUGAUGUUCUGUAUCCUCCUCCCGAAGCAAUCUUCCAGCUGUGGUCAAAGAUUGUGGAGGACUAUACGCAGCGGAGUCUCUCGAUUCCUGGAGAUCGGCUGUUGGCUAUCUCAGGAGUCGCUCAAACACUCGGAACCCUGGUUAAUCCAUCAGACGAUAUCGACGCAUCGCCAUACGCCGCAGGCCUCUGGAGGACGCCUCUACUUCCACUGCAGCUCUUAUGGAAGCCAAAAAAUCCCAUCGCGCCGCAGCUUUCUUCCUCUUACAUAGCGCCCUCUUGGUCCUGGGCAUGCUUCCCGGGAGCCGUCGUCUGGCACCUGCCUGACUUGACCCAUCUGGAAUCUUAUGCACAUCCAUAUUCUUUCCAGGAAAGGGAAGUGCUCUCACUUAUUGAUAGCGGCGACUAUAUUGACUACGAAAAGCUGACAAUAAGGUCUUGGGCCAAGGGCGUGGGCCUCGCGCCAUUGCCGCAGGUGGUCGCCGUCUCAGCCGAGCCUCUCAAUGACAUUGCACCAUACGGGGCCGUCACGGCAGGGCACAUAACCUUACGAGGUAAAGCUUUUGACCAGAGAGACCAGGUCAUUACGCCCUGGGAUGUACAAAUAAGGUUUGACUCUGGGGCAGAACUGAUUUCUUUAAGAGACUUGGAUCUGGACUUCAUUUGUUUUCAUAUACUGGGCUACGUAGUGGAAGACGACACUUCGCCAGCGUAUCUCGGGACGCUUUCAGGAACAAAUUCACUAGGUCUUACUCUUGGAAGGGCGCAAGACGGAACGUACCGCCGUGUUGGAGUCUACGCAGGCCGGGAUAUAGGUGAUCGCCUGCGCAUGAUAUCAACUCUAACAGAGGUGACAAUUUUCUAG